AUGGUUGGAAGAGCGGAAGCGAAACAGGCUCGUUGCAAAGGUUUGAGUCUGAGAUCGAAGGAAGAUAGGAUAAGCCAGUUACCUGAUCCUUUGAUCUGUCAAAUACUGUCUUGUCUUCACACAAAAGAUGCUGUUAAGACAAGCAUUUUGUCCACCAGAUGGAAGACUCUUUGGCUUUGGGUUCCUGUUUUGGUCUUAGACUCCCACAAUUUCACAAGUUUAGAUCACUUUGUGAGUUUUGGUGACAAAUACUUCGAUUCUAGUAGGGUUUCAUACAUACGCGAACUCAACUUAUAUAUUCUUGAUGGAUUUGAAGACGGUGAUAUCUCUUAUCUCAAGUCAUGGAUUAAUGCUGCGGUCGAGCGUAAGAUCCAACAUAUAGAUGUUCUUUGUCCUGCUGUUAAUUAUCAUUAUGAGAUGCCCUUAAGCCUUUAUACCUGUAAGACACUGGUACUCUUGAAACUUCAAUGGGUGAUAUUGGCUGAUGCAGAGGUUUUCUCCUUACCUUGUCUGAAGACUAUGCAUUUAGAUUUUCUUAUUUAUCACAAUGAGGCCACUUUCGAGAAACUUGUCUCAUGCUGCCCUGUCUUGGAAGAGUUAAAGAUUUCCGUAGCUAGGAAUGAUUCAGAAGUCAUACGGGUGCACUCUCGGUCACUGAAGAGGCUCACUUUCAUACGACUUGCCGCGUCUUACCAGUUUGAUUCUGUUUUUGGAGCUGUGAUUGAUGCUCCUCUACUACGCUUUUUAAGCGUCUUUGAUAAUGUAUCAAAAAUUGUAGUUAACAAUUUGGACUCUUGUGCCAAGUUAGAUAUUUCUCUCAACUUUGAUGUGAUGCCUUUUAAUGAAGCAAGUGUUUUAGCGUGGAGAAGUCGCAUCCGCAGUUUCCUGCCAGGGAUCUCUAGGGUUAGGGAAAUGGCGAUAGAUGCGGACACUUUCAAGGUUAUUCAUGACUAUUCCAAAUUAGAACCGCUUCCUCAAUUUCGUUACAUGUCCCGACUGUGUGCUUCUCUCUGUGUAUCCGAUUUGGAAUGUUUACCAACGUUUCUUGAGAGCUUCCCGAACUUGAAAUCCUUCACUCUGGUGAUGAUCUGCUCAAUCCCUGAGGAGAUGAAUCAAAUCAGUUAUUCAUCUGUUCCUGCCUGUCUUUUGUCGUCGCUUGAGUUUGUUCAUUUCCUGUCCCCAAUCUCAGGAUAUGCUGCAGAAAUGAAGCUGGUAAGGUACUUCCUUGAGAAUUCAGCACUCCUCAAGAUACUCACUGUUAGUGUGAACUCUGAUUCAAUAGACUAUGAAAUCUUCAAAGAACUUCUCAAAAUCCCAAGACGCUCUACAACGUGCCAAGUCGUCGCGUCAUCUGAUUGGUAA